UUGAAUAGUCCCACCCUCCUGUCGUCGUCUCGCACACCCGGGGAGCCACUUGUGCCUUUUUGGAGUCCACAUAAGUAGUUUAUUUAUUAGUGUUGUGCCUUUAGGAGUCCACAUAAGUAGUUUAUUUAUGCCUCUCCCUGUCCCCGAGGAAAAGGAAGCGUCUUCUUCUGCUCAGGAACAACAUUCGAGCCAUGCUGCGGUCUGCGUCACUCCUCCUGCUCCUCGGCCUGCUCAGCUGGCGUUCCAGUCCAUCAUGGGCAGCUAAAAUCCUGGUGGUGCCACCCACGCUGUUUGAAUCGCACAUGUACAUCUUCCACACGCUGGCCCUGGCUCUGCACCAGGAGGGCCACGAGGUGCACUUCCUGGUCUGCGAGGGCCGCGAGGUGCGUCCCUCCCCUCACUACCAGCUGCAGCGCUACCCCGGCAUCUUCAACAGCAGCAUGGCCGAAAGUUUUCUGCAGUCCAGAGUCAGCAACAUCUUCGCCGGGCGCCUUACCUUCCUGGAGCUUUUUGAAAUUCUUGAACACUACAGCCAGAACUGCGACGCCAUCUUGGGCAACGCGGAGGUGAUGGCCCGGCUCAAGCGGGCCAACUUCCAGCUGCUGCUGGUGGACCCCAAUGAAAUGUGCGGCUUCGUGCUGGCGCACGUGCUGGGCCUGAAGUACGCCGUGGUCAGCACUGGUUUGUGGUACCCGACGGAGGUGUGCGCCCCGGCCCCGCUCUCCUACGUGCCGGCGUUCAACUCCUUGCUGACCGACCGCAUGUCGCUGCCGCAGAGGAUCUCCAACACGGCCGUCUACCUCUUGGAGAACUUUGGCGUCAAUUUCAUUCUGAUACCCAAGUACGACCGCAUCAUGAAGAAGCACGGGGUGACGCCGCCAGUGGCCAUGUCGGAACUGGUGCGGGGGAGCCAGAUGUGGAUGCUGAGCACCGACUUGGCGCUGGAGUUCCCCAGGCCCACCCUGCCCCACGUGGUCUACGUCGGGGGCAUCCUGAACAGACCAGCCAACCCACUGCCACAGAGUUUUGGGGCGUGGCUUAAUGCCACAGCGGACCACGGCUUUGUUGUGGUGUCCUUCGGCGCUGGGGUCAAGUACCUCUCCCAGGACAUUGCACACAAACUGGCAGGAGCCCUCGCCAGGUUGCCCCAGCAUGUCAUCUGGAGGUUUUCAGGCGUCCCGCCCAGUAACCUUGGCAACAACACCAAGCUUGUUGACUGGAUGCCUCAGAAUGACCUAUUAGGACAUCCCAACAUAAAAGCCUUCCUGAGCCACGGAGGACUGAACAGCAUCUUCGAGGCUCUGUACCACGGGGUGCCGGUGGUGGGUGUGCCCCUGUUUGGAGACCACUAUGACACCAUGGUCCGUGUCACCGCCAAAGGGAUGGGCAUCAUGUUGCACUGGAAGAGCAUGAGCGAAGACGACCUUUACAACGCCCUGGCCACCGUCAUCAAGGACACAAGGUACCGCCAGCGAGCCGUGGUUCUGUCCAACAUCCACAAGGACCAGCCGGACCCGCCCGUGUCCAGAGUGGUCUACUGGAUCAACUACAUCCUGCGCCACAACGGCACCCAACACCUGCGUGCCGCCGUCUACGACAUCUCCCUCUACCAGUACUUCCUGCUGGACGUCCUCUUGGUGGUGGGGGCCGUCCUGGCCUUCGCCAACUUCACCUUGAGGCGUUUAGGACCCUUACUGCGGGCGGCGUGGGGGGGCCGGCGCCAGGCCCAGCAACUCUGCAGGCCGGAGGGCAACUCUGCCAACGGGCACUGCCACUGCAUGGCCAACGGCUCCUUGGAGGACCACAAGAAGGUCAAUUGAUGUUCUCACCAGGCGGGGCCGACCAGGAGGCACUUGAUCAGGUCACCAAGUGUGUGUGUGUGUGCGUGUGUGUGUGUGUGUUGAAACAGUGAGGAUGAAGCACGUCUUCCUGACCUCCUAGUGGUGGAAUGACGAUGAAGACACGCCAACCUUUGGCAAUAUUUUAACUCUUCAUCCUUUUUCUUGUCUUCCCAAAGUGUAACUGAACCUAUUUAUUACUCUACACACCUUUUAAUGAUGGACAUGAUUCUAAUUUAUUACUGUACACACACCUUUUAAUGAUGGACAUGAUUCUAAUUUAUUACUGUACACACACCUUUUAAUGAUGGACAUGAUUCUAAUUUAUUGAAUGAACUUGUGGGCACACAGUGUUGGAUAAUGUACCAUCCCUCUUAUGGCCUCUUCAUUAAGUACAUGUCUGAUCUACUUUCCAUUUCACUCAAUUCUUCUCUCUGAACUCAGCUGACCAUCAAACAGCAACACCAAGUACUUUACACACCAUCUAGAUGAUCUAUAUCUGCUCUACAUGUACUUUACACACCAUAUAGUAGAUGUAGAUCUGCUCUACAUGUACUUUAGAAAAGAUACUUCUCUGUUUGCCUUAUUUGUAUUUGACUUUAUUAAAUGUUUGGGCAUAUUUGGUGUUUGAGCGGAACAUGAGGUGACAGAAAGAAGAAGAAACAGAAGAGAACAUGACGGCAUAUACUGUAUAUGUAUACAAUUUAUAUAUAUAUAUAUAUAUGUAUACAUAUGUAUAUGUAUAUUCAUCCAUGUAUUUUCUACCGCUUAUAUAUGUGUAUAUUUAGGGAUGAUGUUUGAAAUCGGUUCUCCCGGUUGUUUGAUAAGAAAAGAACCGAUUCCAUGGACUUGUUUCCCUUUUUGAGAACCGGUUCCCGUUAUCGAGGCCACUAUAGUAAAGAAAAAGAGUUGGUUCUUUAUUCAAAUCCCUGGGAACGAAUCCCUUCCCACGUACAGGAAAUGCCCUGUGGGACGGCAAUGUUAUGCCCAUUUGAUUGUAGACUCUUACUGACACCUUGUGGCGAUAUGAAAAUACUACGCGUCAUUCGUUUGGGCACUUCCGGGUUGAGACAAUUGAGAAGUAGACAAGUUGUGUUAGCUCUUACAAGCCUUGGAAAAGAUAAGUCUGUAAGUAAACUGUUUAACUUGUUUAUGUAACUCAAUAUUAAGGUGGAAAGUGUUUAAGUUUGAUAGUAAGAUGUUUAUUGAAAAACGAUUAUUGUGCACUGUUUCAAUGGAUGUUUUGAGGACUUAAAAUGGCUGCCAGUCGUAUAUUUCCACCAUUGAAGUAGUUUCAACACUCAGAAGUAUUUGUUUGAUGAUAGUACUGUAUAUUUGUGUGAAGAUAAUAUUUACAUAUUGUGUAUUACAUUUCAGUAUGUUAAUUGAAUCAAAUAGCUUAUACAUUUGUCAUUGUGUGUAUUUCAGUUAAAAAAAAUAAAUAAGAGUCCAGUGCAAGACAAAAGUAAAUCUAGGAAAAGACAAAGCAAGAUCAACAACAAUAAAGAGCCUAAAUGGAUGAAUCUGCUUUGGAUUGUUUGUUAGCUGUAUAAGCUCAACACGUAUAGUGAGGGCAGAACAGGCAAUAUGCAAUUAUUGCCAGGCUUGGCUCUCAUGUAAGGGGAAGAAUUGUUGAUUGAUGACUGUGGUGUUCUUAGUGUCAUAGUGUGUGUAGUUAGUAAGUUCCAAUAGCAGCAGAAGUGCACUUUCUGGAGAGCUGUAUUAUUUUCAGUUUUGUGCCUAUGGGACUGAUUUUAUUUAACACUAUAUUAUUAUUUAUACACCUAUAGGGAUCAGAGACAGGUUGUUUUUGUGUUACUGUAUAUAUUUGUUUUUCUGAAAAAUCCCACUUAAUAUACUUUCGGUAACAACCGUCAAUAUUUUUUUUUUUUUUUUUUUAGGGGGGUAACAGUCAAUAUUUAUUUAUUUUAUUUUAUUUUAUUUUUUCUUAUAAAAUAAAAGUGAGCUUUUGUUAAACCAAAUAUGGUGUUUUUUUUCCAUAUACAACAACCUAUCUGGAUUCGAUAAGAGAAUCGAUAAGGAAUCGGUUCGAUAAGAGGAUUCGAUAAUAGGCUCCAACUCGAUAAUUUCUUAUCAAACAUCUCUAUGUAUAUAUAUAUAUAUAUAUAUACAUAUACAUAUACAUAUACAUAUAUAUAUACACACACAUACAUGUUUUUUCUUCUAUUUUCUGUCACCUCCAGUCCAGCUGCACGAAACACACCCAAUGUGUGUAUAUAUAUAUAUAUAUAUAUAUAUAAAUCUCCUGAUGAUUGAGGGUACGCCCCUCAUGAAACAGGCCUGUAGAGAUGAAAUAGUCUUGUGAUUUUUUUCCCACACAUACAUAUAUUGCGCUCUACUACGGUAUCGAGCACUAUUUUUUGGAUAAC